CUAAGAGCUUUAUAAAGGAUAUAAAAGUUCCACCGAGCAUAAGUUUUGUUUCUCUAGCAAAGUAAAACCCUAAAGGAGGUCUCUGCGUCUGCUCCCAUUUCUCUUGUAAGGUUAAAAACUUCGAAUCUCUGCUACAAAGAUGUCUUCAGGAGGAGAGAUCGCUUGCACUUACGCCUGCUUGAUCCUUCACGACGAUGGAAUUCCCGUCACUGCUGAGAAGAUUGCUACUUUGGUAAAGAAAGCCAAUGUCCAAUGUGAGUCAUACUGGCCAAGCCUAUUUGCUAAGUUGGUUGAGAAGAGAAACAUUGAAGACUUGAUCACCAACAUUGGAUCCGGUGGUGGUUGUGGUGCUGUUGCUGUCUCAGCUCCAGCAGGUGGUGGUGCUGCUGCACCAGCUGCACCCGCAGCUGAGGAGAAAAAGGAGGAAGCCAAGGAAGAAAGUGAUGAUGAUAUGGGAUUCAGCUUAUUCGAUUAGGAUCUACCUUGCAGCCUUAGUUGUCAUCUUUUAUCUUUUCAUGAGGGUUCCCCUGGAAGUGGGGUUAAUCUAUGGAUUCGAGUCUGGAUUUUUGAAUUAGUUGUAUGUUUUAAAGCACUUAUGGAAACUAAAUAGUAGCUCAGAUUUUGUUAAUUGGUUCUGUUUCCUUUGAUAUACAAGCUUUUAGCCGACAUUUCCAUGAGUUUAUAGUUUGUUUAAUUA